AUGCCGAAAAAGAAAGGCUCAAAACAACUGGGCUUAGAUGACGAGAGGUUUGCCCAUCUUCGCUCGGAUCCGAAGUUCUCAGGACUAAGUAAUCGUGAGAAAAAGGUCACCAUUGGCAAAAGAUUCGCUGCUGCAUUGACUGAUCAAAGAUUUUCCAGCAAAGCUCGGGUAGAUAAAAGAGGUCGACCUCUCAGGAACAAAGGCGGUAAUCUUGUGGACCUAUAUGAGUUGGAGAACAGCGACGAGAAUAGCGAAGAAGAUGUGCCGCCGGCGAAAAAAAUUAAGAAUUCAAAAGAAGGCGCAGGCAAAGAAGAUGGGAAUGAGAGUGAAGGAUGUUCUCAUCACGAACAAGAAGAGCAAGAGUAUUCCGAAGGAGAAGAAGAAAGUGAUGAUGAUCGACCCAUCAAGCUAGAUCUUGCUCGUGGCGAAGGCAACGUUGUUUCCUCAUCGGACGAUGAUGAUUCGGAUUCAGACUGGGAUACCAACGAAGGUGUCCAGCUAGAAAUCGACUUGGCUCACCUCGAUCAAGACGCUGAACGUGUGGAAUGGUCUUCGAAUCGAAUUGCUGCAUGUAAUCUGGACUGGAAUCUCAUUCAUUGUGAGGACUUGAUGGUGGUAGCAAAGUCAUUCACUCCUCCAGGUGGUUCCAUAAAAAGAAUAGCUAUAUACUUGUCUGAUUUUGGAGCUGAACGACUUGCUGAAGAAGACAAGUAUGGCCCAAGAUUGCAACUCAGCAAACCUAUAGAGGAGUACGAUGGCGAAGAAGUUGACGAUGAAACGAAGUUAGCAAUGCGAAAGUACCAAGUGGAUCAAUUACGGUACUAUUAUGCGGUGCUUGAAUGCGAUUCGGUGAAGACGGCUGAAGCGAUUUAUAACGAAUGUGAUGGUUACCAAUUUGAGUCAAGCAAUGUUAAAAUGGAUCUCCGUUUUAUACCAGAUGACAUGGAAUUUGAUAAAGAUCGGAUCAAAGAGGAGUUGUGUGAAGGGGAUGUCAAUGUCGCCAAGUACAAAUCGAAGGAAAAGCUGCAAUCGGCUAUAGCACAAACGAAUGCUCGGAUAGGUUGGGAUGAAACAGAAGAGAUUCGUUCGAAGAAGUUUGCCGAAGCUUUCAUCAACGAAGAUGAGGCUGCAGACCUAAUCGCUUGCUCAGAUUCAGAUGAUGAUCAAGAAGUGGAAAAAAGACGUCAAGCAUUAUUGUCACUCCUUGGUGACAACGAAAAAGUUGAAGGUUUGGAGGUGGAUUGGGAUAAUCACCGAGUUAACGGUGUAAGUGAUGAAGAGGAGAAUGAGGACGACGAAGAAGAGCAAGAAAGUGACAGCAAGUAUAUCGAAAGUAAGAAACACGAUAACAAGGAUAGAGAGCCCGAUGAAAAAGAUGCCAUUCGAAAAAUUGAGCCGAAAAGGAAAGAAAAAAACACCUAUCAAGCAUACUUGGAAAGGAAAAAGGCGAAGAAGGCGGAGCGUAAGCAAAAACUACGUGAGCAGCGAGAGAAGGAGCGAGAUGCAACCAGAGAACUCGACAGUCAGACUAAGGCAAAGCACAAGGAAAAUCUUGCUGCUUUGCGUGCUAUGAAGCAAGAAGAGGACAAGAGUGGAGCUCUGGCAGAGGCUGUGGCUGGGGAUGAACGUUUCAAGGCUUUGUUCACUGAUAGUGCAUAUGCUAUCGAGCAAAGCUCUAAGAACUAUAAGGGCUCAAAGCUAAUAGAGAAGCAAGUAUCCGCCAAGCGAAAAGCUAUAGAACAAUCUGGAAAGUCCGAUAGUGCCAACCCAAAAGAUCUUAUAUCAAAGUUGAAGACUAAGUCAGCGAAAUGGAAAGGAUAG